CAGCCUAAUGCAGUUGUUUGUAGCUGCUGCUGCCUCCUUUUGCUUUCCAACGAGACAGUCAAGAAGACGAAGAGAGGUCUCCAUGUCGAGCUUAGCUUUAUAUACGCACCCGUCGCCAUCCACACCCCACCAUUUUCAUCCUGAUUCCUGAUUCUUCUUCACACAGAAUAUAUAAUUCUGCUUCUUCUUCAGAUUGAGAGAGUGAGAGAGAGAGAAUUCAUGGGCGAGAGCUGCUACGUCAGGAGGCUCUCGGACCUGCUCCAGGAGCAGCAGGAGCCCUUCCUCCUCGCCGGCGGAGCUUCCCUCGCCGACGCAUGCAGGCGCCGCCUGCUCGCCUUCUGCCACCGCCGCGCCGCCGUCAGCAACAAGAGCCGCGCAUUGGGGGGGCUUGGGCGCCGCCGUCUUCUGUGGCGCCGCCGUCAGGAGGGCUCUCCUCGCCGGCUGCUUCUCCUGCGGCGCCCGCCAGAGCUUCCGCCGGCUGCGCCACGCCGGCGCCGGCGACAUUGCUGCUGGCUGCGACGUCGACGACGACGAGGAGGAGGAAUGUGCGAGGCAGCUCAGCCCGAUGUCCGUACUCGACCUCGAUAUUAACUCCGACGACGAAUCGUCCUCCAUGCUCGGCGUCGGCCACCGUGAGAAGGACGACGAGUCGCCGUCGACUUCAGGGAAGAGCUCGCCGCCGCCGCCACCGGAGCAGAAUCCGCUCGACGCCGCCGCCGCUCCAUGCUUCACCUUCUACGAGGCCGGCAAGAAUUGCAAAGCGGAGACAGGAGACGAAGAAGAGUACGAGACGACGAGGUCCAAGCUGGAGGAGCAGAUGAUCAUCUCCUCCUGGGAGAGGAUCUCCGGCGACAUCUCGAGGAUCCCCGCGCUGGUGGAGCUCGACCUCACCGGCUCACUGCAGCAAUGGAGGCGGCUCAGGGAGGAGGAAGCAUCGCAGGUAGGGGCAAGCAUAGAGGCCAUGAUCUUCGAGGAGAUGAGAGUGGAGGCUGUGCGUGACAUGAUGCUUGUUGCCUGAAUCUUUGACACCUCCUGAAUGUAAAUAAAUUCCAAUUGGGCACAACAUCUUGUUGAUGAUUCCAACUGUAAAACGAAAAGAAAAAAAACAACUGGAUAGGGUUCUUUGAUGUGUAACACAAAUGAGUUUUUCUUUUCUGUUCUUCAGACAAAAGUAGUUUCUUUUUUUUUCUAGUGCAAUUUUUUUCAGUGGUAGGAAUUACAGGUCUCCUUUGUGUGUAAAAGUGUUAUUGUAUCAGGUUGUAGACCUAUGUUGUUUGCCUCUGAUAAAGUGAAGAAGCUAAAUGACAAAUCAAAUGUACAAUACGUGCACUAAUAUGGAAUCCUCUCAAGAUUCAUAGAGCA